GUCCUUUUAUAGUGUCUGUUGUAAUUCACAUCAUUGUACUAAACAAGCCGGGUAGAUUUACUGCUUAUUAUCCCGACGCAUUACGGACAAGCUCUAAUAAGCGGCGGACGGUUACGAGCUAGCUAAACUGUCUUUCACAAUGCCUUGCCGAUGUAAACAAUAACAGAAGACAUAGCCACAUUGCAGCUAACGCAACAUAUGUUAUACAUGCAUCCAACGACAACGUGUGACAUGAAUGGUUUUCAUUUUCUCCACAUCUACAGUUCCACAAAAACAUGACUCAACAGUAUUGUUAUCGCUUUUUAAAGGCCUUGCCAAUAUGCAUGUGCUGCUUCUGAAAGAGCCCAGGGAUGGAGAGUCUGGACCGGACCCUUACAUCAAGGAGUUGGCAACACAUGGACAUAAAGCAACCCUAAUUCCUGUGCUGUCUUUUAAGUUUGUCUCAUUAAACACAUUGUCCGAUAAGCUUUUCCAACCAGAAAAGCACGGAGGUCUUGUAUUUACCAGUCCGAGAGCAGUGGAGGCCGUACAGAUGUGCUUAGAAGCAGAAGAAAGGAGGGAAGAAUGGAACAGCUCCGUUAAAGAGAAAUGGAACAGCAAGUCCAUCUAUGUGGUCGGUAAGGCAACUGCUGCACUAGUAGGGAGUCUGGGUCUGAAGGCUUUGGGCGAGGACACGGGGACAGCAGAUGUCCUAUCACGUCUUAUCAUUGAACGAGAGGACACAAAUAUUCCACCGCUUUUUUUCCCCUGUGGCUCAAUUAAAAGAGAAGUGUUGCCCACGGCUUUAAAGGGAAAUGGAGUUCCCCUUGAGACGCUGACUGUCUAUCAAACCGCUGAACAUCCAGAUCUGGAGAAAAAUCUAAAGAACUAUUUCACAGAGCAGGGCGCUCCGGCCAGCGUCGCCUUCUUCAGUCCGUCGGGGGUGAAGUUUUGCUUGGAGGCGGUACGGAGGCUGUCGGGCGACCGGCUGACUCAGAUAGAGUUCGCAGCCAUAGGGCCUACUACGCGGGACGCCAUGACGGCGGAAGGCCUGCGCGUCAGCUGCACUGCAGAAAAGCCGACAGCCGAACACCUGGCAGCAGCGAUAGCCAAAGCGCUACAGCAACCCCCCGCGGGCCGCAGCGCUUAAAUCCAUCCACUUUAUUUUCCGUCUUUCUUUGCCCUGACUAUUUAUACGUAUUUAUAAUGUCUUUUUCUGUCUUACUUUUACCAGAUCGGCUUAUUUGCACUGAAAAAAAAAGCUUUUUGUUCCAUAAGAGCCUCAGAAAUGAAUGUGAAUAUAAUUAUAAUUUUUUUGGCGGGAAGGGUCAAUGUAGCUCUGUUUUUUGAAAAUAAAUGUUAGCUAAUGUGAUUUUGAAA